GUUGUGUAAUAAUAAAGAAAAUAUUGUUUAAAACAGAGAUAAAAUAUAAAAAUUUAUUAUCGUAUUAUAUUUGCUGGUUUUGAUAAAGCAAUGUUCAGUUCUGUGCCACAUCAUCGUGACACUUCGCUGACAGUAUAUCGCCGAUAAUCUGUCGCCUAUUGGCGAACCACGAGGGAAUCGACAAAUUUUUAAUUCAACGCUGUUUUGUGAAAUGACAGUUUAACCGCUAUCGGAUCGCGAGGGAUAAUCAAAAUCUCGUCAAGGAUCGCCAGUGAGAAAUUAAAUUUCUAUUAAAAGAUAUUGGUUGAACAGUUGUGACCGUAACUUAUGCGAAAUUCGAACCUGUUAUAACAACGUAAGUCUGCUACGAGCAGUUUUAAAAACAAGAAGAGAGAGAGAGAGAGAGUCAGUGACAGUUUUACAGACAUGAGGAACAUUUGACAGAAGUUUUGUCUAUCAAUCGACGCGGAUAUAAACGUUCGGUUUUAUUUUCUUUAUUUUCAACGUUAUUUUAAUUCAUAUUUUCAACACGUUCUUGUGAAUGGUGACAAAGUUUCGCAGAAAUGCGGUGAAACCGCGCAAUGCGAUGCGAUGCGAUGAUGCAGCAAUUGCUUCGUGUUUCCGACUAUAAGUGACAAUCUGAAGCUGGACCCUUGUUUCUAGUUUUUGUCCGGGAAAACAAAUCAUUUUGUUGUUUUAAUUUUCUUUUUACCCCUUUCUCGUGGAAAGAAGAUCAGAACUAUCAAAAUGAGGAUCAAGAUGCCAGCUGUCAGAAUUGCCCAAGCGGAAACGUCUCAAGGCUCCAACCCGGACACGGUGCAAUGCGGGGGAUGUCGGGCCUCCUAUCCUCUCGGGGACAUCGUCAGGUUCAUCGAGCACAAGGUGAACCACUGUCGGAGCACCCUUCAGGGCUGUCACAGUCCGCCCCCGGCCGCUGCCCCCGAGGACUCGGACCCCGAGGACGCGCUCGCCCUGAAGAACGACCAGGAGAAGCUCAACUCGGUGCCCAGCAUAUCGGCGCCGAUCAACAAGCGCGGCAGCCGUCUCGAGAGUCCGCCGACGCCCCAGGGCUCCGGUUCCGACGGCGGCAGCCCCAUCGAGCUCAGGGCAAGCGCCAGCUCCACGCCGAAGAGAAGACUCGAGGAGGACAAGGAGGAGUUACCUAAAAAACCUAAGACGGAAUCGGUCGAUGCCGACACCAACACGACCAGUUCCGAACCGAGAUGGCUUCAGUGUUCCCAGUGCGCCCGCAGGCUGUCCUCGGCGUGGGAGCUUCUUCAGCACGCACAGAGCGUCCACGGGGCGAGACUCUACACGUCCUCGUCACCCUCGGCGAAUUCAUCCUCCAACACACCAGCCCCGAGUCCUCCGACGCAGACGUCGACGCACACGCACCACCUGAGUCCCCCGAACCACCUAAACCUCAGCGGUAAAUCGACGGGAAGUUCGUCGGCGGGGAAUUCUUCCGGUGGUGGAAACUCGAGCGGAAGUAGCGGCAGGCAGCUUCAGUCCUCGGCUUCGCUGGUCGGCGAUCCUCUGCACAGUUUCCUCAGGUUGCCCCAGCAUCUCGAGAGAAGCUUUCCGCCGAUGUUCAGGCCGGACUUUCUCGCCCUGAACCCCCUCGCCUCGUACCGGGGACUCCAGGACCUCCAGACCGCCACUAGGAACCUGCAGAACCUCGGAGAUCCGCUUCGCGGAAUGGACGGCCUAAACCUCGGCGACUCCCUCGUUCGGAGUUCACUCGACUCUCUGAACAACGCGAGGAACCUGGCGAACCUGGCCGAGCUGUCCCACGGACGUGGGCUCUCGGGACAGGCGCACCCACCACCACUCGAAGCGAACCUGGAUUUUUACUCGGCGCGCCUAAGGAGCCUCGCUAACCCUUCCUUAGGCGCGGCUCCGAAUCCCACCCCCAGCACACCAUCGAACCAGAACGCGGUGGUCAGCGUGCAACCGAUCCAGCCACCGAGUCCGGCGGCCAACCCAGCGAACCUUACGCACAACAGUAUCCAGAAGGAGAACUCGCCCCCGUGCUACACCCAGAGCCCGAUCGGCGGUCACCACAACAACAACAACUCCACCGACAGUGAGAAGACCAGUCCACCGGUCGCCUCGACCCCGAUAAUCGCCGACUCGGAGACCGUGUACACCUGCGAGGUAUGCGAGAAGAAGUUCCGAUUCCAAUCAAACCUGAUUGUUCACCGAAGGAGUCAUCAGGACAAGGAACACGCCUUCCAGGAGACGAUACAGGACACCACGGCAACCAGGUGCGAGAUAUGCGAGGUCGAGGUACCGAGCUUUUCCGAGCUGAGAAAACACAUGCGAAACGAGCACCAGGAGGCUCUGAACGUCGCGUCGAGUCCCCAGGGCAGCGUGGAGACGGUACCGGACGACGGGAGCAGCUGCGACGAGAACAUGGACCUCGAGGAGGGCGAGGAGCCGGACGCGAAGCGAGAGGACAACGAGGAAAACACUCCCGAGGACCUGAGCACCACUCAGGGUCAGAGCAGCGAGGAGGGUGGAACGCGGGUCGACCAGAAACCGAGUCUGGUUGGCGACCUGAUGGAGAAAUUCGGGCUGAGCAACAUUGCCCAGUACUCGGAGGCCUACAGGCAAGCGCUGCAGGAGAACCAUCGGGGCGGUUUCGUCAAGACCGAGUCGCCGUCGAACCUCGUCAACUCCCUGAACAACAACAAGGAGAAGGACAGCGCCCUCUCGCCGACGAAUUUCAACUCGUCGACUACACCGAACAUCUUUUCUGGUCAGGGGUUUCCCCGCUCGGCUGGGCCCGAUUUCGGUGGCCUGUGGCUGCCCAGCCCUCACUAUCUGGAGAACAACGAGUUCCGGAAGGCCUCGAAGGCGACGACUUCGAGUCUCUCGCUUCAAGGACUCCCCAGUCCGUUGCUCAAGAAGGAACGGAGCGGCAGGAACGACACAUGCGAGUACUGUGGCAAGGUCUUCAAGAACUGUUCGAACCUGACCGUUCACAGGCGGUCGCACACGGGCGAAAAACCCUACAAAUGUGAACUGUGCUCCUACGCCUGUGCCCAGAGCUCGAAGCUCACGAGACACAUGAAGACCCACGGUCGUCAUGGUAAGGACAUUUAUAGGUGUAGGUUUUGCGAGAUGCCGUUUUCCGUGCCGAGCACGCUGGAAAAGCACAUGCGGAAAUGCGUCGUCGUGCAGCAGGGCCAGAAGAUGGGGAUGCCCUACUCCGGGAGUCAGGACGAGGACUCGUCCUUGAGCACGAAGGAUACUUGAUCCUGGAACGUCAGUCUUCCCCCUAUACCGCCACUCUGGCCCCACAGGCCGCCGUAUCCGGUGUACUAGACGUCCGUCGCGUUCUUCCGGUUAGAGGCCGGCCAUCCCUUCGCCACUUUUCCCAAAACCCGAAAGACCCGAAUCCUCGGUUAUACUUUCGAAAUGGUGGAUGAAAGGCGCGGAUUGUCCGAGUCCCUGCAGAGGAUUGCCAAGUUUUCGUUACCUUUUUUUCGUCUCGGUUUUUUACUUAUCGCAACACGCGCUGACGAAUAUCGGGGAAGGAACUUUUUUUUUCUAUCUUUUUUUUUCCUCUCUCUUUAACCCCAUCUGCAGUUUAAAGGUUCAGCGAUUCGCGAUGUUAUCGCGAGGAUGUGUCAGACUGGCGAUUGGAUAAAUGCCAAAUGCGAAUUCGAAUGGAAAGUCAAUUUCCCCGAAGACAAGUUAUGCUAGUGAAAACUGUCGGAUUUCGAAAUUCGCCAAUCAAAUAUCGAACCUCGAUGGUCGAUGGCCGAAGGCUGGAAAUGCCCGGAACAAUAGUACUCAAUAAUAGCUUUCAGCAACCCCGGAGAGAUGAUAUCCGCAAUACGAGAAAGAAAAGAGUCGCUUUGAGGUGUAAUAAACUUAGAACUAAAACGUUCCAAUAGCGAAGACUGGACGAGAUAAAAAUGAAUAUAAAAUUAUAAACGAAAUACUUAAACCCCAUUAAUUUUAUUUAAAUAAAUGGUUACCAUAACGAGUCUCACGCCCCCUAUCAAUAACACUUACGAGUAAUUAAUAAAUAGUAAUAAUAAUAAUUAUAAUAAUAACAACAACAACAAUAAUAAUAAUAAAAACACAACAACAAUAAUAAUAAGAGUAAUAAAAAUCCCACACAUACACAUAUAUAAAAAA